CCGUGUUCUAGUAAAGUCCAGUCCGCACCAACCUACAUCAAUGCUUCUCUGUAGUCGGAAGGACACUUGUUUCUGCCGUCCCUGUGUGGCUUCGGACAUAUAUGGAUAAUCGUGUGUAAUACAAUGGUGUCCUCCACAGAGACCAGCAAUUAUGCCACAACCCAGAAUGAUGCUGGUGGUGACGGGAGAUGAUUUCGGCUACUGUCCCCGGAGGAACCAGGGAAUUGUGGACUGCUUCCAGGCUGGUGGCAUUUCCAAUGUGUCACUGCUAGUUAAUGCCUCUGCUGCCAAAGAGGCAGCUGAUUUGGCUAAAAGACACAACAUCCCCAUCGGCCUCCAUGCAAACCUGUCAGAGGGAAUUCCUGUGUGUCAGAGACUCCAGCAGGCAUCCACACUGAUAAACCAGCAUGGCUUCUUCCAUGGAAAGAUGGGCUUCCGUCAGGCCUUGGAGAGAGGUCAGCUCAGCAUGAAACAGGUGGAGCUGGAGCUGAGGGCCCAGGUCAGGCUUUUCAGGGAACUGACAGGUCACCUACCCCACCACAUGGAUGGACACCAGCACGUCCAUGUACUGCCAGAGGUGCGUGAGGUGUUUGCACAGGUGCUGUCAGAUCUUAGGAUUCCAUACACUCGUGUUCCAGUGGAGCCAGGUUUACACAACUGUCCAUGGCUGCCAGCACACCUCCAUAGGUUCUACAAGCAGGUCGAGAAAGAUGCUCUGGACUCCAUCCCUGUCUUCACACGCUAUGGAAUCAGGUGGCCUGAUGUGUACCUGGGACUGACCACCAUGGGCCAGAACAUGUCCAUCCCCAACCUGCAGAGGGCCCUCAGCCAGGCUUUGGGAGGGCCUUCAGACACCAGCUCCAGCAGUGCACCGGGCUUCAAUCAGCCUGUGGUCACAGCAGAGCUCAUGGUUCACCCAGGUUACCCCAGCCACCCCCAGGAAGGAGGCUGCGGAGAGGGCCCGGAUGACUUCUCCCAGUCAGCUGACAGACAGCACGAGCUGAACGUUCUCAGAGACCCCUCCCUGCUGGCCCUCUACAGCCAGGAGAGGGUGCAGCUCUGUGCUUUCAAAGACCUCUGACUGCUGCUGCUGCUUCCCCAGGUUCUGCUCCAACCUCUUUUGUUCUGUUAAAAAAAAAAAAAAAAAAUCUAUAAAUCCACCCUGCAACAGAGCCCUGUGAUUAGGAUUCACAUACUGUGAAUCCUAAUCACAGGGCUAUUCCAUAUGGAGAAUUUUUAACAACAAAACUAUAUAUAUAUAUAUAUAUUUUUUUUUUUUUCCAAUCUUUCGGUUUUUAGUAGCCUUUAAUGAACAGUAUUUCACAGGUUAACGGGGUUAUCUCUUUUUUUAAAGACACUUCCUAAAACACAAAGAUGUUCACUGCCACUAAUAAGUAAACCUUUGUUUAAAACAUUAAGGAUCUAAACCCAGGAACAAGUUUUACUUGUUUGCUUCAGUUAGAAACUGGACUGAGUUACGGGAGGAGGAGGAGGUCAGACAGGAAGUAGCAUUAGGGCUUCAGCUCUCUUUAGAUCCUCACGUUUGAGUCCAAAAUCUGCUCCACAGCCUCAUCACAUUUAGCACAGCACAUGUGACUGUGGAGCACAGAAGCACUACAAAACAUGAUAUUAUCCUUUAGAAUUUAAGUUGACAUGUUGGAGGCAAAGAGUUGUUUCACAGGACUCACAGGUUCCUCACUGCACAUAUUUAUUAAAACCUGGGUUUUUAAAACACACGAUCAGGCUGGAAACAAACCACUUGACAUGACAUGGGUGACAAACUGUGUGUUAUCAACGUCCCAUCACGGCUUACACACUCACUUCCUGCUUCAGCUUUGACCUCUUUGUACUCACUGCAGUUGUGCACACACAUUUCACAGUGAAGUGAGGGAUUAUUAGAGACAUGUCCAGCGCACUCACUUUCACUCUGACCUCCACAUGAAAGUGGAUUAGACAGCUGUGAAUGAACUGUUGGUUUGUGUCCAGCAAUUGUUGUAAUUACUGAGAAAUGAAACUACAAAAAAAAAAAAAAAUAAUAAAAUGAGACCCAAGUUGUAAUAAACGCUGGUUUUCCUGUUAAGGUCCUGAGUUAGAGUUAGGACCCGGUUUUAAGACCUUGUAUUAAUUUAGUUUUGUGCUUACAUUUUGCAUAUUUAUCAUUUACAUGUUGAAAUCUAGAGUCAGGAAGUGUCAUGUCAUUGUACAUUGUCAAACAGCGGAGGGAUAGAGUGACGUAUUUCAAUUCAAUUUCUGCCUCAGGGGCCUUUAACAGCAUCAUGAAGCCAUGUGGUCUUUGUGGUUUUCUUGUCAGAGGGUGGAGGGGACAGUUUCCAGAGAUCUCAGGUCUGUGUAGCACAUGUAGCACAUCUCAUCUCCUGCCAAGUGUGUGUCUCUAAUAAAAGCACCUGCCACAGUACACUAUAUUUGUAGUAUUUAUAACCAUCGUCCAUUGUGGUAUUUAAGAUUUUAUAUUUUGAUGAUGUUUCUGUUGAAACUUUCUAUGCAUUGCUAUAUUUGCAUUCAAAGAUUAGAAGUGAGGAGCUUGCAAACCAGACAGUGUGAGCUAAUAAAAGAUGUCGAACUCA